AUGAUCACCUUGCUAACGACCCCUCUGAGUGGAUGGUCGCAGCUCUGGCUGUCGUACCUGACUCUAACCGUGGGUGCUCUGGCACCAAUUGUUGUUCUCUAUAUAUCUAUUGACCGCUUCCCUCCGCCGCGGUGGUUAUCGAAAAAAGCCCGAUUGAUCGGUCAGAAGGACCCAGCAAGCACGACAUCCUUAGAAUGUCCGUAUAGCUAUAUUCGCCAGCUCUACGGCCAUUAUCAUUGGGCUCCUUUCGUGCACAAGUUGUCUCCCACUCUCCACCAUGAUGAUCCAGCCAAGUACAAGAUGGUGCUAGAGAUCAUGGAUGCCAUCCACCUCUGUUUGAUGCUGGUUGACGAUAUCUCCGACGGCAGUGACUUCCGUAAAGGGCGACCAGCUGCCCACCGCAUCUACGGCCCGUCGGAAACUGCCAAUCGCGCCUACUUGCGAGUCACCCAGAUUUUGAAUCAGACAACAAUUAGAUUCCCGCAUCUUGCUCCCUGGCUGAUGCAGGAUCUCGAGAAUAUCCUCGAAGGCCAGGACCUAUCCCUCGUGUGGCGCCGGGACGGCCUCAAGAACUUCCCGACUACUCCCUUAGAGCGACCAGCCGCCUAUCAGAGAAUGGCGUCUCUUAAGACAGGCUCACUCUUCCGACUGCUGGGCCACCUAGUGCUAGAGGACCGUUCGAUGGAUGAUACCAUGACCCUAGUCGCAUGGUACUCCCAACUCCAAAACGAUUGCAAAAAUGUUUAUUCAACUGAAUAUGCCAAGAUGAAGGGGGCUGUUGCGGAGGACUUGUGCAAUGGUGAGAUGACCUACCCUAUCGUGCUGGCCAUGAACGCCCCCGAUGGCCACUGGGUAGACCUUGCGCUGCAAUCUCCUUCCCCCGGAACGUGCGGAAUGCCCUGCGGGUGA